GGCGGCGGCGGGGGCGGCACCUCACCAUCAACACGGCCAUGGCGGGCACGCAGGCCGGCCGAGACGACGAAGAAGAAGCCCCCCUUCAUCACGACCACCAUCGCACACCCGCCCCUUAGCUCUCCCGUGGCAUGUCAGCGCAGCCCGCCAAGCGCCGCGGAAGCAACCCGUGAGCACGACGCGGCCGAGGGUUGGGUUGCCUACCCACACGGCGGCAUGCCAUGACCGAGGGCCCUCUCUGCGUGCACAGGCGCCGGUGCCACACCUGGGGCAGGUGCAGGCACCUGCAGCUGCGGGCCACGCUCGCGCGCAUGGCAGCCGAAGCACGCAGGCGGCUGCGGUGUGGGGGCGGCGUCACCACCUCCCCGACGAGAUCGGCCAGCUUCGCCAGCCGAGGCAGCUGCGACGUCACCUGCAUCAGCAGCUACGAGCUUGGACCCAAGCUGCCGCAACUCGUGCCCGACGCCAUGCCCGCCGUCGUCCCGCUGGGGAGCACGUUCACGGUGCCGCCGCCGUCCCUGGGCGGCGGGCCGCUGGUCGCGGUGCGCGACGCCGAGGGUCAGGGCCUGGAGGAGCGGCCUCCGACCUUCUCCAGGGUGGCGCGCCGGGACUCCCUGACCGAGGCCCUGCGGCCGGCCCUGGUCCUCGCGCAGGCCUUCUUCGUGCUGCCGGUGCACGCCGGCCGCUGGUCUCGCCGGGCGCGCACCGCCACCCUCCUCGCCGUGAUGGUCGUCGUCAUCGCCCUGGCCGCCGUCCACAUGUUCAAGACCGAGCUCAGCCUCACAUCGUCCUCCCACUUCAUUUUCUACGGCACGGCGGCGCUGUCCGUCCACCUGCUGUCCGGGCUGUCCUUGCAAUGGCCCCGCCUGUCCAGCUGCUGGAGCAACUCCGGGUCGCUGCUCACCGAGGGCCUCGAGGACGACAGGCGCACGGCGCGCAUCUGCAAGAGGAUCACCAUCUUCAUGAUGAGCUGCGCGCUCGUGGAACACGUCCUCAGCCUCCUGAACGGGCUGAUGCCGCUGCUAGUCUGCGAGGCACACGGGGGAGCCUGGACCGUGUACAAGUCCCUGUUCCUCAACGGGUACCCUAUGAUAUUCGAGGUGCUGCCGUUCUCCAUUCCCGUGUCCAUCAUCGUCAUCUACCUCAACGUCACGUGCACUUUCCUGUGGAACUUCAUCGACCUGCUCGUCAUCAUCAUCAGCUACUCGUUAGCCAGGCGGUUCGACACGUUCAGCCAGUUUCUGAGACAAGCCAAGGGCAAGGCAAGUACAGUAAAGGUACUGUACAGAAUGACCGAAGGGUGCCACUCACAACCCCUUCCCCGUGUCCGACAGAACUACUCGAUAUUCUGGUGGCAGGAGGUGCGCGAGGCCUACAACCGGCUGUCGCUCCUCACCAAGCAGUUGGACGACCAGAUCAACGGCAUCGUGCUGCUGUCCUUCGCCAGUAACCUGUACUUCAUCUGCCUGCAGCUGCUGUACAACAUGAGUCGGUUCGAGCAGGAGAAGAGCGUCUUCUCGCGCCUCUACUUCUGCUUCUCGUUCGCGUGGCUGCUGGCGCGCGCCGCGCUCGUCUCCAUGACCGCCGCCAGCGUCUACGAGCAGAGCAGGGCCCCGACCGAGGUGCUGUACUGCGUGCCCUCCAAGAGCUUCAACGCCGAGGUGCAGCGCUUCCUGGUGCAGACCACGACCGACACCGUGGCGCUGUCGGGCGCGCGCUUCUUCUGGGUGACCCGCUCCCUCGUGCUGACGCUGGCGGGCACCGUCGCCACGUACGAGAUCGUCCUGGUGCAGUUCCACGACGACAUGGACAAGGUCCAGCGCCCGUCCAACGUUUGCUUCCCAUGACCUGCGGGCGGCGCGUCGCCCGUAAGGGUUGGAGGCCUUGCUGCUGGUGCCGGGGGAAGGCCCCGCGCUGCCAUUGGUCCGGGGCCGAUGCUGCUGCGCGCUGAUUGGCUGGCGGGCGUGUGCAGGCGCCCCUCAGCAGUCGGGAGGGGUGGGCGCAGCUUCCAAAAGGGGUUGUGCCUGAGAUGCGUUCAUCUGCCGUGGCCGCAGCAGCCGCCACAGGGCCACAGACGGGGUGUUGGAUUACCCCGCGUUACAGUUUCAGGGGGCGUGCGCCUGGUCGCGACACGUGGCGGAGUGCGCUACGUCGUGCGUGCGCGCGCGCGUGUGUGUUGUUCCAGCUGCAGCAGAGCACCACUGACCUGCGCGCGACUCUGUGUGUCCGUGCGUGUGUGUGUGUGGUGGUGCAGGUCGUGACGAGUUUUGCAGCCGCCCAAGUGCAAGUGAGCGGUGUGUGUACAUGUGAGAAAGGCGAGUUCAGCUGCAACUAAAAAUCACAUGUGCAACAACCGUCGUCAAGAAAGUAUACGUCGACGUGAUCGGGAGAGGAAGAGGGUUUUCGGCCAAAGAGAGGGGCGAUCCUCUAUAGACCUAUCGCAAUCUGUGCGUGGGUGCGACGAGGAUGCGUCCACCCGAAUCCAUCGCAUCCUCACGCCGGUCACGCCACGCCGGAACAAGGGGAGGAGGAAGUAUCAGCGAGAGAGAGAGAGAGAGAGAGAGAGAGAGAGGGAGAG